CGGUCAGCCCCCACCUCUUUAAAAACAAGGAUUGUGGAGUGGUGGCUGUCUAAGAUUGGGACACAGAGUCCAGUUUCUUUGUAUCCUCCUACCCAGGUCCCUGCAUAAGUCUCAGCUGCAAAUCCCCUCCUGGAACAUUAGUCCUGGGAACACCGCCUUCUAUUCAGCACAGGUGAGUCUGAAGUCACCUAGCCUUUGUGCUUUGCAUCCAGCUUGGACCUGCCAAUGGGGCUUUUCAACAGCUCCUAAUUUCACCUUUUGGAAACUGAGGAUGUAGGGCUCAGGAAACCAGAAAAUGUUAGGUCCAAGGGAAAGAAAAGAGCAAGCUGAGCAACACACAGAGCUCUGUGUAUUCAGAGGCAAGUUGGCAGGGUUGUGCUGGAACAGAGAAACUCCAAGUGGUACAAAGAGACGUGCCCAGAGUGGAGAAAUCAUGCUAAUUGUCUGCACCAGAGCCCAAGAACUCGACCCAAAAUGAAGAGAGAAAGGGGAGCCCUGGUCAGAGGCUCCAGCGCCCCACGCCUCACUCCUUUGGUCUGCCUCUUCCUGAUCCAGACAGGCUCGCUGGAAGGAGUGAACAUCACAAGCCCAGUGCGUCUGAUCCAUGGCACUGUUGGGAAGUCGGCUCUGUUCUCUGUGCAGUACAGUAGCACCAGCAGUGACAAACCAGUAGUUAAGUGGCAGCUGAAGAGGGACAAGCCAGUGACAGUGGUACAAUCCAUUGGCGUUGAGGUCAUUGGCACUCUGAGGCCUGACUACCGUGACCGAAUCAGGCUCUUUGAGAAUGGCUCCCUUCUCCUCAGUGAUCUUCAGACAUCUGAUGAGGGCACGUAUGAGGUAGAGAUUUCCAUCACUGAUGAUACUUUCACUGGAGAAAAGACUAUCAACCUCACUGUGGAUGUUCCCAUCUCAAAACCACAGGUAGUGGUGGCUUCAUCCACUGUACUAGAGCUCAGUGAAUCCUUCACACUGAACUGUUCCCAUGAAAAUGGUACUAAAGCCAACUAUACUUGGCUGAAGGAUGGCAAACCACUCAGCAAUGACUCAAGGAUGCUCCUAUCCCCCGACCAAAAGGUGCUCACCAUUACACGAGUGCUUAUGGCCGAUGAUGACAUCUAUAGCUGCUUGGUGGAGAACCCCAUUAGCCAAGGCCGAAGUGUCCCCAUCAAGCUUACUGUGUAUCGGAGAAGCUCCCUCUACAUUAUUCUGACCACAGGAGGCAUAUUUCUCCUUGUGACUUUGGUGACAGUCUGUGCAUGUUGGAAACCCUCUAAAAAGUCUGGAAAGAAGCGGAAGCUGGAAAAGCAGGGCUCUUUAGAGUACGAAGAUCAAAAUGAUGACCACCUGAAACCUGAAGUAGAGACCCUCCCCCGAAGUGGAGAGCACGAGCGGAAGAACCCAGUGGCCCUCUACAUCUUGAAGGACAAGGACCCACCAGAAGAGUCUCUGGUCCUGGCUGAGACCCUGGAGCUGUUGGCUAUGCGUGUCCAACUGGAAAAUGUGACUCUUCUCACCACUGACCCAACACCUGGCCCCGCUGUGUGGCUGAGCUGGAAAGUGAGUGGCCCUGCUGCUCCUGCACAGGUCUAUAAAGCCCUGUUCCGAGCCUGGCCACCUGCAGCAAGGGAAGUAGCAGGGCAGCCAGAUGGCCCAUGGAGAGAAUCCUUGCUGAGGGGUAGUCAGAACGCAGAACUUCGAGGCCUUAGCUGGGGCUAUAAUUAUGAGUUUAAAGUGAGGCCAUCCUCUGGUUCAGCCCAAGGCCCUGACAGCAACAUUCUCAUUCUGAGGUUGCCAGAACAAGUGCCCAGUGCCCCACCACAGGCUGUUACCUUGAACCCUGGAAAUGGCAGUGUUCUGGUGAGCUGGGAUCCACCUCCACCUGAGACCCACAAUGGCAUCAUCCGUGGCUACCAGGUCUGGAGCUUGGGCAAUACUUCACUGCCCCAUGCCAACUGGAGCGUGGUUGGAGGUCAUACUCAGCUGGAGAUUGUAACUGGAAUGCACGGCUCCUAUUGCAUUCAGGUGGCAGCUGUCACUGGAGCUGGUCCUGGGGAACCCAGUAGUCCUGUCUGCCUCUUCCUAGAAAAGGCCCUGGAACGAGCUGCACCAGAUUCUGUGGGUCUGGGUUCCCAAACCUUGGAGCAGCUUCAAGCUGCACUGCGCCGGCCAGAAGUGAUCGCUAGUGGCGGGGCUGUGCUCUGGUUGCUGCUGCUGGGCGCUGCAGUUUGUGUUCACCGCCGGCGCAAGGCCAGAGCCCACCUGGGUAUGGGUCUUUACAGAUACACCAGUGAGGAUGCCAUCCUCAAACACAGGCUGGACAGAAGCGACUCUCCCUGGCUGGCAACUACGUGGAGAUCUACCUCUGGCUCUCGGGACCUCAGCAGCAGCAGCAGUCUUAGCAGCCACCUGGGAGGAGACACUAGGGAUACGUUAGACUGCCGACGGUCCUUGAUUCCCUGGGAAGCCCGAAGCCCUGGUGUUCCACUCCUCCCAGAUACCAGUACCUUUUAUGGUUCUCUUAUGACUGAGAUGUCCUCAGGCCCUCUUCUCCCCCCAGGCCCCAGAGCUCCAAAUAUCAGACGGCUUCCACCUCAGCUGGCCAGGCUUUCCAACCCCUGGCCUAGCUUGGAUAGUCUCUGUGGUGCUCCAAGGACCCCUUCUUCCCACCAAUCUCUGACUCCUACAGAAGCCUGGAAAGUAGCCAAAAAGCAAGAGUUGCAUCAGGCCAAUAGUUCUCCUUUGCUGCGUACCAGUCACCCUGUGGGGCUCUGGGCCUGGGAGCUGGGUGGUGGAAAGGACUUCAGGAACCUUUCCCAAGGCCCAGGAGCUGUACCCCGGACUCUGGCUGCCUGGCGUGGCAUUGGACCCCCGCUCCUCAACCCCAGGAAUGAGUUGACUUCAAGGCCCCUCCCUCCAGCACCCCCUUCUCCUGUCCAAGGGGUUCUCAACAAGGGCCAACAGAAUCAAUCAAGUAAGAACUUCGUGGAGCCUCAGAUUUCAUCCUCCCUGCCCCUCAUGCCAGCCAUCUCUCCCAAACUCCCCAGCCCCUCGGCCUCCUCCCUUUCUGGUCUCAGCCCAGCUUCCAGCCACCUGUCUAGUUCUUCAUUGUCCUCCCUGGGAGAUGAAAGGGAUAAUGUGCUGACUCCUGAAGAUGUGGCUCUGUGCUUGGAGCUUAGUGAGGAUGAUGAUGAGACCCCCAGGAACAGUGGCACUCCGGUCCGAAGGGCACCAUCACCCCCCACCAGCUAUGGCUAUAUCAGCAUCCCAUCUGCCUCUGGACUAGGGGAGGUGGAGGGCACUGCAGGUGGGGCCGGGCCAGAGGGUCUGCUAUGUCCACCCCGUCCCUGCCACACCCCUACACCCAGUGAAGGGUCUCUGGCCAAUGGAUGGGGUUCAGCCUCAGAGGACAAUGCCUUCAGUGCCCGGGCCAGCCUUGUCAGCUCCUCCGAUGGUUCUUUCCUUGCUGAUGCCAGCUUUGCCCAUGCCCUGGCUGUGGCUGUGGAUAGCUUUGGCUUUGGAUUGGAGUCCAAAGAGCAGGACUGUGUCUUCAAUGACUUCUCUUCACCUCCUUCCCCUCAAGAUGACCCUGCCCUGACUUCUACCCUGACUCUACCAGUGUGGGAGUGGAGUGCAAACUGGAUUGAAGAAAUGGAGAAUAAAUAUAGUCAUCGGCUGCCUCGGGGGCUACCUCCUUCCCGCCCUGAGAUGGAGAAAGGUCCAUCCCGAGGGAGGCAAAAGGCUGGCCAUUCUGUGCUUAAAGCCCACAACUCUUGAUUGGUAAACUGAAAGUGCCUGGAGAUGGAAUGGAAGCUGUUGCCUAUCUGCCUUUAAAUUUGGAGAUGUGGAUUCUUGAGUUCUAGUCAGUGCUCCUUCACUUUCUGUGACCCAAGAUCCAUCCCCUUCCAAGAGUUCAACAGAGUUUCUCCUCUUCUCGGACUCUGAAGAAAUAGAAACCCAAAACUGGAGCCCCUCAGGGGCUAGGGAGGAACACUGUAUUCCUAGUCAUGCUUUCCUUGGUCCAGCUUUCUCUGGUGGAGGAGUAGAUCCCUCCCAUAUGUACCAUUGAUAUCAAAGUGGUAGGUAACAUGGGUUUUUUUUUUUGUUUGUUUUUUUUGUAUGUGUAUGUGUGUAACACAAUGAAGGCCUUUUGGGAGAGAGGGAAGAAUGGAUCACUUUAGACCUUCCCCUCCUUCCCAUAGAGCCUCACUACUCCAUUCCAGGGCCCAGGGCUAUUUCCCUAGGCCAAAUCAUCUUCUCUCUCCCUUCCCUUCCAAAUCCACCCCUAGUGUAAAUAAAGAGAAAUUGUUGUCUGAGCAUUGAAAUCCUAUGAUAGUGAUAAGGCCAAGAGCUUGGGGACUGGGAUCAAGAGAAUGUGCAAUGAAGAGGUUAAGAGCAAAACACUAAGAGAGAUGAAGAAAAGCUUGAGUUGGUCCCUAGAAAAUGAAGAAAAUUUCCAUUAGUCAGUAUCAUCCAAGUCUGGGUUGGAGAGGUGAUGACAUUUUUUGACAUUCUGGUAAAAGAUGAUUCUCAGUGUCUAGAAGAAACAGCACCCUCACCCUUGUCAUUAGAAGUCCAAUAGGAACCAGAGCUAGAUAGGACAUAGUACAGGGAUCAAGUACUUUUAUUAUCUUAUUUACAAAAAAAAAAAAAUCUCAGCUAGAAAGUGGUAGAAGAGGUAUAGGGGAAAAGAGUUGAAGGCAAGGAAGCACAAUUAACCUCUUUGGCCUCUAAUGAGCCACUCGGCUCAUGUUCAGAGCUCUAUUCCCUGGAUGGGUAGGG